CAACCUUCGCAGACUUUCGCGUCGUGCAAAGCCGAUGGGGGAGGCGAUCGCCCGGACUUGGGAGCGACGCUUCCAGGUCAUGCCCGUCACCCGAUGGCGAAGUCCAGCCUGCUCGAGACAGAUGGCAGGAAAGGCCGAAAGAGCGCAUGAUAUAUUGAAAUGACGCCUCCGUGCAAGACCUCUCUGUCCACAGCACCUACCACAUCUUCACGAAACUUCAUACAUCGCGUUUCUUCUCCUCCGUAUCCGACGAGAUUGUUGGAUCAGCGAGGGGCAAAAGUACCAGCCCACACGUCUGCACGUCGAUGACUAGGCCGAAACCCAGCGGCCGGCAAUCACUUCUCCUGGUACGGCACAACUCGGUGCACUCCUUUCUUCGUCCCUUCCGCUAGCCCUGCAGAGCCUUGCAGGCAAAAAGGGCACCGGAACGCAGCACUUGGGAGUCACCAAGCACGACUGCUCCCUCCACGCGCAGCACAUUCUUAUCGGUCCUCUCGAACGUUUGGACGACAUCCACUCGAGUGUCCAGCGUUUCAGCCGGCCUAGCACUUCUCGUUGGCCACAGACGGGCCAACUCUUGAAACCCUGAAACGGGUGGACAGGCAGAGACAGGUCGCUAGGGCCUCGUGAGACAGCCAACCGCAGCCCCUUGGCUGACAGUCCGCGCGACAAGUCAAACAGCAGGGGCCCUGCAAGCCACGCCGCAAGCCAAUCAGCGAUCCGCGAGCCGAUCGAGGCCCAAAAAUUCUGGGGAGCAUCUCCAAAAGAACACACGCAGCGCAGCAGUCCCCUUUUGCCCGCUAGGGGCUCUCGACAGAUCUAUUUAGUAGGAAAAGUCGCCCUUCUCGAAAGCUCGACUUCCUACAUCAGGAUCUGGAUAAAUCCUUUGCCUUGACCGGUACGCUACUUCGUCGAUUCCGCUCAACGAGGACGACAACCACGCGGCAGCACUCUCGUUUCGCCUCGUUCCUCGCCGUCGACACUUCACCUUCAGCUUCGAACUGCGCCCUCGUGCAGUCCCAGCCAAGAUCACUCUCUUGAUCUCCUGGAAGUGUCAGUCUAAUACUUGACUUCAUUUGGAACUUCUUGGAAUCCGCCGGUCGGACACGUCCAUAGUUCAUCGCCUCGUUUUGGCCACUGAUCACAGCCUCAACUCUCGAAGACCGUGGAACGACUCUCAUUUAAUCUAAUCCUAAUCUUCAAGAGUCAUUUCACUCCUUCCCCAAGCCAUUGCUAUUAUUGUGUGACUGGACAAUAACCAUCACAACUAUUUGCACGACAUCCGAUCUAUUGUCGUCCCAUUCCUGUUGUUGACAAUACCGACCCCGGCCGCCUAUAUAUUCUGUCAGGCUGCCGUCAUCUCUGAGCUCAAUCGCCAUAAAUCAUUAUGAAUUUCUCGACACCUACUAUGGACCAGAACAAGGCUGCGCUGGACUAUUUUGUCCAGCUGCCGGUCUCCAAGGAAAUGAUCAGCUACCUCGCACGCAAAGCGAGUCAGGUCAUCAAAUGCGAUGCUGCGCAACAGAGUGCAUCGUCCCUCCCGUCUCCACCGGACACUCCACCGCAAGGCGUCUCAGCUGAACCGGCCUUGCCGUCUGUUGAGGCGUUCAUUACAUCGCUUGUGGAGCGAUCUCACGUUCAGGUGCCAACGCUAAUGACUUCUCUUGUUUAUCUCGCAAGGCUGAAGUCCAGAUUACCUGCCGUUGCUAAGGGCAUGCGCUGCACCGUACACAGAAUUUUUCUCGCAUCUCUGAUUCUUGCUGCGAAGAAUCUCAACGACUCAUCACCGAAGAACAAGCACUGGGCUCGUUACACCUCAGUUCGUGGUUAUCCAAAUUUCGGAUUUUCCAUCACUGAGGUGAACUUGAUGGAGAAGCAGCUCCUUUUCCUUCUUGAUUGGGACCUAAGGAUUCGACCAGAAGAUCUGUACUAUCACCUUGAGCCAUUCCUAGCUCCCAUCCGCGAAUAUCAAGCCAUGGAAGAACAAGCUCGCAUCCAAAGGCUACGUGAGAAGGAGCUUUACUAUCACCAAUAUCAUCCGCAGUCAUACUCACCAUAUGCAACUGAAAGCUACUCUCACGCACGCUCUUAUAGUCACACUUCUUCAUUGUCAUCACGGGGUGCGUCGCGGACUCCGUCGCUGUCGCCGCCCAGUCGCAGUAGCACUUCGAGCUCCUCGCCUGACACCGAAAGUUUGGAUGAGAUCUACGAAUCAAAUGAUGAUCUGUGCAUGCAUGGUGUCGAGUCGCGUGAUGGGAGCAUGUUGGUGCACAUUGAAGGUGCUGAACUGCACCCGAAGACUUCCCUAUCCAGGCUGCAGAGCUACGAAGAUAAGCGAGCGAAAAAAGCUAGAACCGGUGUUCCGGGCGGAAACUUCUUUUCUCGCCUUCUCAACAGUACCACAGCACGCGUAGGGUCAUAUUAGCUUGACGUUGGUUUUCCCUGUAGUAACGAUUAUGUGGAGUUCGUAAGGUCCGCAUGGCUGGAUUGGCUUGAUAGGGUGGGCGACUCAUAGACAGCAGAGCGUCACUGGCUGAUUGCCUGCGAUCAUCAAAAGAACAUUCUGCAUCUGCAUGGCGUUAAUGUCUGAUACGAUACAUGGGUGUGUAUGGGGACGUCCAUGGGUUUUACGACGGACCAAGACGGUCAUGAUGGGUAGAGUGCCAUGGGACACAUUAUCUCCAGCAGAGAUAUCUCGACAGUACAGAGCACAAUAAUAUCAUACUUCAUCUUCCCACAGCGUC